CUGCUGUCCUCAUCCAAAUACUUUAGUUGACUGAGUGAGUACACUAAGGGAGAAGGGUCCUGUAGAAGAGAGAGCGUGUGCUUGAGAGAGCCAGUGACUUUCUUGGGAGUGCUUUGACUCUGUCUCUCUGUCCCAGGAGAGGAGGAGGGCGAUGAGCUGUCCUGCUAAAGCUCUGCAGGGCUGAUUGUUCCCCACCUCAUCUCUGUGCCUGACUGUGUGACCUGACCCUCCAGUCCUCCUCAACAGCACAUCUAAUCUGAUUCUGCAGCUCUCUGUCCGAAGCUGCCAGCACCAUGAGCUCAUCUGGGGCAAACCUCCACAACAAGCGUCUACCCUGUUGAGUUGUAUGUUGACAGUGGAAGAAGAUGUUUGGUCAGUCUGUAUACGUGAUGUGUUCAGGGAGCCCACCAUAAAAGCGGAGACCGAGCAUGCUCAGAGGGUCCCAGGAAUGGACGCAGCCCAGCAGAUGAAACUAAGAGAGCGACAGCGCUUCUUUGAGGAGGUCUUUCAGCACGAUGUGGAUGUCUACCUGUCCUCUGCUCACUUGCAGAUUCAUGACUAUAAGAGACCUCCCAUUGGCAGUGUCUCGUCCAUGGAGGUUAAUGUGGACAUGCUGGAGCAGAUGGACCUCAUGGACAUCUCUGACCAGGAAGCACUGGAUGUCUUCCUCGGCUCUGGGGGGGAUGAGGGGGUGCUGGCCUCCCCUGUGCCAGGUAAAGUAGUUCAUGGAAACAACAACAACGAUAAGGUAAUCAACCAGGGACGCUCUCUCCACUACACUGACGGUUGUGAUGGGAAGUUCCGCAUGUCCUCCACCUCCUCCACUAACAGCCAGAACACCAAUGAGGACGGACGGGACACCCAAGUCGUCCAAUCAGAUGAUGAAGAUGUGCAUGUCGACACAGUCUUGCUGAUGGGAUCACCCCCAGGGAAAGAUGAGAAGAAGGAUCGGUCUAUCCUCUCUUCCUAGGCGCCUUCCUUCACUUCCAAUAUUCAGUAACAGUUUGGACUUACUGAUGCUUACAAGUAUCACUUAAACUGGACACACAAACUUCUGUGGACUGGCAAGACAACUGCCACUUUCCACAGCUUUUUCUUUACUCUUCAUUUUGUUUUGCCUGAACUGUACAUAUAAAGCCAAAUCUUCUCCAAGCUUGCUUAUCUCCAUUUAUACUUCUGGAAUGUAGAUGACAGGACAUUUCUUUUUAUUUCCUCAUUUAGCAUCCUAUUAAGAUCUGGCAGUGUGUGGUACUCUUUUGGGAAGGACAUUUUUGUGUGUAAGCAUGCUUUACUAUACUACAGAUCGGAACAACUGAGUGUUAGUAAAAAGUAAGCAUCUGUAUUAACCAGGUUGAAAUAAAGGUUGAAUAAUUUAUAAAAUAAAGAUGUAGAGAAUUAAUAUUUUUUUAUGUAAGAUGUAAAUAAAGACAGGUUAACUUUUUUUCUUUAGAGAGAAACAUAUAAACUGUGCACAACUUUGCCAUGCUUUGUAAAUCUGGCCCUUAGUUCCCAUAUUCCCUAAAAUGUUCAACCAACCCAAAACACCUGCCACAAAUAAGGACAUAUUGUACAUAGUGCUUAGUGGUGCUUUAAUUUGUUGUAUCUUUCUCUUAGUCUCCUCUUAUUCUCUGACUUAAGGUUUAUUUAUUUUAACUAUAAAUAGGAAUAAAAAAUAACAUUUGUUUCC